AAGACCCAGAGGAACAUCUUCAGGACCCAGCUGUGUGUCAUUAAAGAGUGAUCAGUCCAUGUUGUAUCCCAUUGAAUUCAGUAAUCAAGCCCUGACCUCUGAACUCAGAAAAAGACCCAGAGGAACAUCUUCAGGACCCAGCUGUGUGUCAAUAAAGAGUGAUCAGUCCAUGUUGUAUCCCAUUGAAUUCAGUCAUCAAGCCCUGACCUCUGAACUCAGGAGAAGACCCAGACUAUCAUCUCCUGAAACUAGCUGUGUGUCAAUGAACAGUAAAUUGUCAGUGUUGCAUCCCACAGAAUUUAGUAAUGGAGCAGUGACCACCUCUGACCCCAGCAGUGGGGAGAUGUGGUCCAGUCGGAGCUGCAAUGCCUUUCAGACACUCAUACAACCCUCUAUAGAAUCAGAUCUGCUGGAGGAGUUUGAAGACCAUCAGCAUGAUUUGCAUCAAACAGAAAAAGAUGUUCUGCAGAGAGUUAAAGACAAACACAAAGCCAGCAUGCAGAACAAGUAUAAGAGUUUAUUUGAGGGAAUCAAAGUACAAGAAAAUCAAACCCUCCUGAAGAAAAUUUACACCCAGCUGUACAUCAUAGAGGGAGAGAGUAAAGGAGUGAAUGAUGAACAUGAGGUUUUGCACAUGGAGAAAAAGCCCAGAACGCAACACUUACAAGACACUCCAAUCAACUGCAAUGAGAUCUUUAAACCCUUAACAGUAGCAAAAUAUCAAACAGAGAAAAUCAAGAUUGUUCUUACUAAAGGCAUCGCUGGGAUUGGAAAAACAGUCUCUGUGCAGAAGUUUAUUCUUGAUUGGGCAGAGGGAUUGACCAAUAAGGAUGUAGAUUUCAUCUUUGUGCUUGCGUUUCGAGAGCUGAACUUGAUUCGAGACCAUCGCUACAGUCUUCACAAACUUCUGCUGGACUUUAAUCCGGAACUUCAGGAUCUGGCCUCAAAGACUUUUGAGGAGUGUAAAGUUAUGUUCAUCUUUGAUGGUCUGGAUGAAAGCAGAAUGACACUGAUGUUUUCAGAUGAUUGUGAGAAAGUUUGUGAUGUGAAUGAGACUUCAUCAGUGUCUCUGUUGAUGUCAAACCUCGUGAAAGGAAAUCUGCUUCCGUCUGCUCUCAUCUGGAUCACCUCCAGACCAGCAGCAGCCAAUCAGAUCCCCUCCAAAUAUAUCCAGCGUGUGACAGAGAUCCAGGGAUUCAAUGACGCUCAGAAGGAGGAAUAUUUCAAGAAGAGAAUCAGUGAUGAGCAUCAAGCCAGCAGAAUUAUCUCACACAUUAGAAGAGCGAGAAGCCUUCACAUCAUGUGUCACAUACCAGUCUUCUGUUGGAUCUCAUCCACUGUGCUUCAGAAUAUCCUGAAACAAGAAAGCGCAGAAAUCCCUCAAACUCUGAGUGAAAUGUACAUCCACUUCCUGCUGAUUCAGUUGAAUAUGAAGAAUGAGAAAUAUGAUCCAGAGAGAGAUCCAAAGAAACUCUUGCAGUUCAACAGAGAAGUGAUUAUGAAAUUGGCUGAAGUGGCUUUUAAACAGCUGAUGAAGUUCAAUGUGAUGUUUUAUGAGGAGGAUCUGAGAGAUUGUGGGCUUGACAUCACUGACGCCUCACUGUAUUCUGGCAUCUGCACUCAGAUCUUUAAGCAGGAAUCUGUUAUUCAUCAAAGGAAAAUCUUCUGCUUCAUACAUCUCAGCUUUCAGGAGUUUCUUGCUGCUGUCUAUGUGUUUCAUUAUUACGUCAUCAAAUUUACAGACACUUUACAGUUUUUUGAUGUAGUGCAUAGUCUGCAGAAGAAAGCAGUAGAUAAAUCUCUUCAGAGUGAAACUGGACAUCUGGAUCUUUUCUUGCGGUUUCUGCUGGGCAUCUCACUGGAGUCCAAUCAGAGACUCUUACAGGAUCUACUGACACACAUGAUGGACACCUCAGAAACCAUCAAGAAAACCACACAGUACAUUAAAGAUAAAAUUAAACAUGAUAAUCUGUCAGACGAUCGAUCCAUCAAUUUAUUUCUGUGUCUGCUUGAAGUAAAUGAUCAGGCCCUGUACAGAGAGAUUGAAGAGUUUGUGAGAUCAGACAAACACUCAGAAAAUAAACUCUCUGUUGCUCAUUGUUCAGCAAUAGCCUACAUGCUUCAGAUGUCAGAUGAGGUAAUAGAUGAGUUUGAUUUGAAGAAAUACAACACAUCACAGGAGGGUAGAAGACGACUUAUACCAGCUGUCAACAACACCAGAAGAGCAUUGUUUGCUGACUGUAACUUGCAGGAUUCAGGAGUGAAGCUGAUCUCUGAUGCUCUCAAGAGUCACACCUGUCAACUAGAGAUACUAAGAUUGUCCAGCUGUAAUCUGACUGUUGAGUGUUGUGAAAGUUUGUCUUCAUCUCUACAAUCAUUAAACUCUUUAAAAGAACUGGAUUUGAGUAACAAUGACCUGCAGGAUUCAGGAGUGAAGCUGAUCUCUGAUGCUCUCAAGAGUCACAACUGUCAAAUAGAGAUACUGAGAUUUUCUAGGUGUAAUCUGACUGGUGCGUGUUGUGAAAUCAUCGCUUCAGCUCUACAAUGGUCAAACUCUCCUCUGAGAGAACUGGAUUUGAGUAACAAUGACCUGCAUGAUUCAGGAGUGAAGCUGAUCUCUGAUGCUCUCAGGAGUCACAACUGUAAACUAAAUAUACUGAGAUUGUCCAGCUGUAAUCUGACUGGUGCGGGUUGUGAAAUCAUCGCUUCAGCUCUACAAUGGUCAAACUCUCCUCUGAGAGAACUGGAUUUGAGUAAUAAUGACCUGCAGGAUUCAGGAGUGAAGCUGAUCUCUGAUGCUCUCAGGAGUCACAACUGUCACUUAGAGAUAUUGAGGUUAUCAGGUUGUAUGGUGAGAGAUGAAGGAUGCUGUUAUUUGGCUUCAGCUCUGAGUUCAAACCCAUCACACCUGAGACAGCUGGAUCUGAGCUACAAUCAUCCACAAGACUCAGGAGUUCAGCUAAUCUCUUAUCAAAAUGAUCCAAACUACGCACUAGAGAUACUCAAUGUGGAUCAUGGGGGAGAGUUCAGAAUUACAUCAGGACUGCGCAAGUGGGUCUAUGAUCUCACACUGGAUCCAAAUACAGCACAUACUGAACUCAUGCUUUCGGAGGAGAACAAAAAGAUCACACGUGUGAAAGAUCCUCAGCCGUAUCCUGAUCAUCCAGACAGAUUUGAGUGUUAUCAUCAGGUUUUGUGUAGAGAAAGUCUGGCUGGACGCUGUUACUGGGAGUCUGAAUUGAGUGGAUUGGGGGCUGUUAUAUCAGUUGCAUAUAAAAGCAUCAGCAGGAAUGGAGUGAUUGAUGACAGUAAAUUUGGAUUCAAUGAUAAAUCAUGGAGUUUGACCAGCACCGAUAACCGAUUUACUGCUCAUCACAGUAAAAGGGAAACUGUCAUAUCUGUCUCUUCACCUCGCUCUAAUAGAGUAGGAGUGUAUGUGGACCCGAUGGCCGGCAAUCUGUCCUUCUACAGCGUCUCUGACACAUGCACCCUCACACACUUGCACACAUUCAACACAACAUUCACUCAACCCCUUUAUGCUGGAUUUAGAGUUUAUUUUAACUCUUCAGUGUCCCUGUCCAAAUGAAAUGCACUGAUUUUUACUUAUUUAUUUGAAUCAAGUUAAUUGUAUCUUACUCCUGACUGGUGAAAUUGGCAGUGUUACGACUGAUACAUGUUACAACCAUCCCCAGUAUCCCCGACAUUAAUUUUACAACAUUUUAAAGGUCCAAUUUUCCUGUGUUUUUGAAGCUUUGAUUGUGUUUACAGUGCACAAUAUUACACGUUCAUGUUCAAGUAUUUUUCACACAAUUGAAUUUACUUUUCUCUAUACAUGCACUUUCCUAAAAACAGGCUGAUGUCUUCCUUGUUUUAUGAAGUCCCUCCUUCUGGAAUACGUAAAGAGUUAUGAUUGUGUAGUUUGUUUAUUGUGUUGUGAUUUGACAGCAGCUUAGCUUAGGAGAGCCGUUUGAGCUUAGCUGGCAACUGGCGUAUUCCUGUGAGCGGAGUUUAGUCAAAAAUACUUAUAUUGACGUUAUUUAACCAGGAAGUAGAGGGCUGUAGUCCAAACUGGCGUUCGCUGAAUUGAAAGGCGAAUUCUGUAAAAGAAAAUAUAUCGCCUUGCAGGGAACUUUGAGCUUUAUCAUUUUACAUGUAUUAUUUAUCCUCUAACAGCAACAUUACACACUAACUAAAGUUUGAAAAAUGGGAUCAGGAAAAACGUGAUCUUUAUUUAUGACUUUCAACACAAAUUAAAUAUAAUACAUUUAUAUUUGACGGUUAUUUUUAUUGUUAUGCAACAUAUGGAAAACAUUCAACAAUUACAAAAUUAUUUAUAAUGGUAUUAUUGCAUUUUUAUUGCAUAAGAUGUACAUUGUUGUUACUAACUGUGAAAAUAAUUGUCUGUGAGUAAACGGUUUCUAAAUAAACAAUGACUGAAUUCAUUCCAGCGAUGUAACUUUGCAAUUUCCAUUUUUGUUGUGGCUAUGUACCAUUGAACAUUGUAAUUACGCCCAAGAUACACCCCCAGGUGUUAAAGCAUGCAAAGGCUGUGAAUGUCCGGUAUAAUCACAGACAAGAGAGACGAGACACAAAUAACAGGUAAGUUUAAUUAUUUAUAUAUGAACACAUAUAGUGAUGUAAAUAAGGAUGGGACAAUUAAUACAUUUUGAAUGAUUGUGUUUGACAAGUGUUGCUUUUUAAAUGCAUGUUGUAAACGACUCAGACUCGUAAUGAUUUUAGAUUGAUAAGGACAUCCUACUGAUCAAAGACCCGUAGUACACAAACAAGCUGCGCAUGAAACACAGAAUCAGAGUCUUGUGAUUCAGAAUCGAUUUCAGACAGUUGUUUUAAAUGGAAAACGCGAUGCAUCGUCACAGCCCUAUAGGUAAACUUGAUCGACUGGAUUCCUCUGAGAUGACAGGUAAGCCUUCUGCACACACACUUUUUGACGGUCAAGUACAACACCUAAAGACACUUUCCUUUUCUUCACAGGGGUUAUGAAGAUGAUGAUGAGAGUAUUCAACAUGAAAGCAGAAGGAAUCUGGUAAGCAGAAAGAAACAAACAGGUAAGUCCGACGAGACCAAACAGUGGCUGUGUGUGAACCUUAUAUAGGGCAUGUGGUGAUGA